GACGGACUCUUCCGCUCGGGGCGGCGGCGGUGGCGGAAGUGGGAGCGGGGCCUGAGCCUUGGCCAUAAAGCCCGAGGCGGUGGCGACAGCGGCGGUGUUGGAGGCUGGGAGAGCGUUGCGGGACCUGCGGGAACCAGAACUUGGUCUUCCCUUCCCGUGCCCCUCGUCGUCUCCUUCUCAGCGGGAGCCCUUGAGACACGUCCGGCCCGGAGUCCCCAGCCUGCGGUCGCGUUUGAAGGAUGACCUCGAGGAAGAAAGUGUUACUGAAGGUUAUCAUCCUGGGCGAUUCGGGGGUCGGCAAGACAUCACUUAUGAACCAGUAUGUGAACAAGAAAUUCAGUAACCAGUACAAAGCCACAAUAGGAGCAGACUUCCUGACCAAGGAGGUGAUGGUGGAUGACAGACUAGUCACCAUGCAGAUAUGGGACACGGCCGGUCAGGAAAGGUUCCAGUCCCUCGGCGUGGCCUUCUACCGAGGCGCGGAUUGCUGCGUGCUGGUGUUUGAUGUGACAGCUCCCAACACGUUCAAGACCCUGGACAGCUGGAGAGAUGAGUUCCUCAUCCAGGCCAGCCCCCGGGACCCAGAGAACUUCCCCUUUGUCGUGCUGGGGAACAAGAUCGACCUCGAAAACAGACAAGUGGCCACGAAGAGGGCACAAGCCUGGUGCUACAGCAAAAACAACAUUCCCUACUUUGAGACCAGUGCCAAGGAGGCCAUCAAUGUGGAGCAGGCGUUCCAGACGAUUGCACGGAAUGCGCUCAAGCAG